AUGAAAUCCGGCAUUGUCUCGUCGUCUGUUCCGGACACGGAAGUACCUGUCGCAUCAAUGACGAUGGCAGCCGCUUUGCAGAUCCGGGACAUGAAGCUCUGGAAUACGUGUUUCGAGGCUGUGUGCAGUUGCAUUUCGACCAACCUGUCACGGACGCAUCGCGGCUGGAAUGGAGGCAGAAAUGAGCUUCUCAACGGUGAAACCCCGCCUGAGUUGCAGCUGAGGCCACGCAGGGACGAAAACGAAAACGGCGGUCGUCUCAUUACAGCACCCUUCAGAGGCGGUCUCUGGAGCUGUAGGCACAAAGAGCCUUUGAUUUGGAGACGGUCGUUUUUGCCCCUCAUGACUGGGUAUCAGCCGGAUCUCGCCUAA